CGGCCUGGUCACAUGCUCUCCGGAGAGCUACGGGAGGGUGCUGGGUAACCUCUAUCCCAGCCGCGGCGAGGAGGAGGGAAGGGGCCAGCGAGGAGGAAGAGUGGAGGAGGGGGGAAGCGGCAGAGGAGGAAGAGGAGGAGGAGGGGCGCACAAAGAAUCCAGGUCUCCAGGCGGGAGGGUGAUACCCAGAACCAUGUGUGCAGAGCGGCUGGGCCAGUUCGUGACCCUGGCUUUGGUGUUUGCCACCUUGGACCCGGCGCGGGGGACGGACUCCACGAACCCUCCGGAAGGUCCCCAGGACAGGGGCUCGCAGCAGAAAGGCCGUCUGUCCCUGCAGAACACAGCUGAGAUCCAGCAUUGUUUGGUCAACGCCGGGGACGUGGGAUGUGGUGUGUUUGAAUGUUUCGAGAACAACUCUUGUGAGAUCCAGGGCUUACAUGGGAUUUGCAUGACGUUUCUACACAACGCUGGAAAAUUCGAUGCCCAGGGCAAGUCGUUCAUCAAGGACGCCCUGAGGUGCAAGGCCCACGCCCUGCGGCACAAGUUUGGCUGCAUCAGCAGGAAGUGUCCAGCAAUUAGGGAGAUGGUCUUCCAGCUGCAGAAAGAAUGCUAUGUCAAGCACGACCUGUGCUCAGCAGCGCAGGAGAACGUCGGCGUGAUCGUGGAGAUGAUUCACUUCAAGGAUCUCCUGCUGCAUGAGCCCUAUGUGGACCUUGUGAACCUGCUGCUGACCUGUGGGGACGACGUGAAGGAGGCGGUCACCCGCAGCGUCCAGGUUCAGUGUGAACAGAGCUGGGGAGGUCUGUGUUCUAUCCUGAGUUUCUGCACCUCCAACAUACAGAGACCUCCCACUGCAGCCCCUGAGCACCAGCCCCUGGCAGACAGGGCCCAGCUCUCCAGGCCUCACCACCGGGACACAGACCUCCACCUGACAGCCAACAGAGGUGCCAAGGGUGAGCGAGGGAGCAAAAGCCACCCGAAUGCCCAUGCUCGAGGUGGAAUGGGUGGCCAAAGCGCCCAGGGACCCUCUGGGAGCAGUGAGUGGGAAGACGAACAGUCUGAGUAUUCCGACAUCCGGAGGUGAAGUGAAAAUCCGGCCGUGAAAGCUUUCCUCCAGGCCGUCCAUUUUCUUACCUAUGGACAUUCCAAAACAUUUACAUUAAAGAGGGGGGAUGUCACACGCAGGAUGUGUGCAAAUUGUGGACUUCGUGCAGGUGUGUGAACAGGUGAGGUGAAGAUUCCAGGGCAGCAAGGUCUCGGGUGCCUGGUGGGUUGGCACCUUCGUAAGCUCGUUGGAGGGAGUGUUGCCUUGAGUAGGCCUUGUUAUCUUGGCUCUUUGGUCUGUGGAGCUAGAGGGUGGCUAAAGUACUGUUGGGGGGAGGUCAGCCUAGGAUGGGAGGGGCCACAAGUGGGUGGCAGGCUCUCCCCCACAGUUCCCAGUGCUGUCUGCAGUGAGUAGGCGGCUGGGUUCCUGGGUAGGGCUGAGUGGGAAGUGCAGCUGACAAGGCAGAGAGAGCAGAGAGGAUGAAGGGGCUUAGCUCCAUGCAAUACCAAACCGGAAGUUUAGUGUCGCGCAUGGGAUCUUGCAUUUCAGAGCUGCUGGAGGGGACAUGGAUGGUACAUUUUCUGUGUGUCGUUUCUGAGCCAUUGUUCUGUCUGGGGGACACUGAGGAGUGGCCUCUGUUUGUUUAUUUUGACCACUGUUUCAGAUCUCCAUUUUACUUUUUUUUUUUAAUCAAUUGACAUCUACAUCUACGUGUCUGUCAUCUAAAUAAAUGGCUUUCAAACCAAACAACUGGGUCACAAAAACCAGCUUAGACGAGGAAGAAGACCAACCCCAGCCCAUCUCUGGAGGGUAAAUUUUUGUGAGGGUUUUUUUUUUUUAAGAGUCCAAGCAGCACUGUCCACGUGGGCGUCUCGUCCCCCUCCCCGCCCCGGAACAGACGGAUACCGAUAGGGAGAUGCACAGACAAGGACUCCUUUCCACAGACAGCCUUUCCCUAGAGUUUUGCUAUCUCAGCUUGCCCUCAGCCAAGGUCCAUGAACGUGUACGUCGAAUCGGUGUAGCCAAGUUGGAGUUCAGCUUCUGCAUGCCAUAAAGAGGGAGAAGAGAGGAAGGCAUCCAGAUGGCUAAGGGAACCGUUGCCUGUGGGGAAUGUCACUCCCAGCAUGCUUGGACAAAAUAGCUUAUUCUCUAAGAGACAGGGCUUUCCAUGGCCAAAGUGGAAAUUUAGCAACGAGGAGAGAAGUGCAGUCGGACAAAAGAGAGGUCAAAGGGGAGAGAAGGGACUGUUCAGGUUCCACAUCAGGAUCCCCUUCCUCUUCAGUUGACGAAGUUAUUCCUCUGGCAGCCAGAGUUGCAGAAGUGGAGGGAAUCCUGGGCCAGGUCUCCAGAGCAAGGCUCAGCCAACUUUUUCUACGAAGGGCCAAAUAGUAAUUAGGGAGUUUCAGUUCGGCAGGCUGCAUGGUUUCUGUUGCCGCUAGCCAGCUUUGCACAGCACGAAAUAAAUGGAAAGGUUUGGCUCUGUUCCACUAAGGUUCUCUUCAGCAGGCAUCCAGCUGAGCACGCCUCAGACUGUACACAGCAUGCUCCCUGUUCUAGGGAGCAGGGUGAAAAGCAUGCAUUCUUCCUUACCGAACUCCCCUAGUUCUCCCUGGCAGGUCCCUGAGGCCAGAGUCAGCCAUGUUUCUCUAAGUACUUCCCCAAACUCAGCUGGUGUCUCUGUGUGAAGGAUCGCAAUAUCUCAUAGGCUAUGCUUUGGGAAAAAAUGUUAUUUGUGGAGGGGUGGGCUGAUGAUAUGCUAGGAAACCCCCCAGAAAGGUGUGAGGAGGCAGAGAAGAAAGAGUGUGCAUUUAAUCAGUUCUGCCCGGAAGGAAGGAGGCCCAGAAUGUCAGGCUUCACCACGGGAAACAAAUGUAGACUGUAGCCCUCUCAUGCCACGCGCCUGCGUGCCCCCUGGACUCUUUCUCUUACAUCACUCACAAACAUUCUCCUUCGUUUCUGACUCAGCUGCUCGCUUGUCCGAAAGUCUAGACUGGGUUCGUCAGUGUCUUGUGUCCACUUACUGAUGUUCUAUUUGUUGUUCCUACUGUAAAUAUUCAUCGUUCAUAUUUAUUAUCUCAGUGUUUCCCCCAAAGGCAUAAAAUCACUUCCUCUGUUCAUUUGAACCCACUGACUGAUUUCUGAUGUGUAUUUUCCACGCCUCUGUCAUCCCUUCCCCCCCUCCUGUCUGUCACCCGCAAGAAGUAUAUAUAUGUGUGUGUGUGUAUAAUUUCAUGGUUCCUUGUGUGAUUAGAAAUGUGGAAUGAAUAUAUUUAUCUCUCAGGCCCUUUUGCUCAAAACUGUUCAAAGUCUUGUGUGCCUGAUGGCAUCAUUUGCACAGACUAAAACAUAAGCAGGGCAGCUGUUAGAAACAGCUCCUCCUUGAGUCUCGGCUUCACACACAUUCACUCGGGAGCCUUCCUGUGAGGAAGGAUGCAGGUUUCCAAAUAAAGAUCCAAUGUUUAUUUUGA